AAACUCUGAGAGGAGGCGUAAAAAGUACUGCUCUGCUCAGUGUACAUACCAGCAUAUGAAUAGGUGUUGAGCACAGUGCUGAAGCAGAAUUUGGAGGCAGCAGUUCAUGGGAGCAGUGGAUCUUAUUUGACUUUUUUACCUGCGCUUCCUGUGCAGCUGAUCUGCUGUGCAUGCUGGAAAAAAACGCACUGACACUUCUUCGUUUUUUUGGUGUCUGAACCUAAACCCUUCAUAUCCACGCAGUGUCAUUCCAACAGCAGGUGUCAACAUGUUGGAGCAGGUUCUGUCCUUCAGCCGCUCCCUGGUGCGCAGGAAAGUGGUCGACAUGAGCAGCCUGGAGGACUCAAAGCUGUGCCGCUGCCUAGGAACCGUCGACCUCAUCGCCCUAGGAGUUGGCAGCACUCUGGGUGCCGGCGUCUACGUCCUGGCCGGCGAGGUCGCAAAGGGCGACUCAGGCCCCAGCAUAGUCAUCUCCUUCUUAAUUGCCGCCCUAGCCUCGGUCAUGGCCGGCCUGUGCUACGCUGAGUUUGGCGCACGCGUCCCCAAGACCGGCUCUGCUUAUCUUUAUAGCUAUGUGACUGUAGGAGAGAUCUGGGCCUUCAUCACGGGUUGGAACCUCAUUCUCUCCUAUGUAAUUGGUACCUCCUCAGUUGCCAGGGCUUGGAGUGGCACAUUUGAUGAAAUCAUAGGAGGACACAUAGAGGUAUUCUGUAAGACCUACUUCAGAAUGAACUCUCCUGGCUUGGCUCAGUACCCUGACUUCUUUGCCGUCUGCCUGAUACUGCUGCUUUCUGGACUCCUGUCCUUUGGCGUGAAGGAAUCAGCCUGGGUCAAUAAAGUCUUCACGUCAGUCAACGUGCUCGUGCUCUUGUUCGUCAUCAUCUCCGGCUUCGUCAAAGGAGACACACACAACUGGAAGAUAACUGAAGAAUCCCUUAUAAAUGUCACCAUAGUUACAAGGAACUUGACGUUGACGGCCAACGUGAGCAGUGAUUAUGGCGUUGGAGGAUUCAUGCCCUACGGCUUCAGUGGGACCUUAGCGGGGGCUGCCACCUGCUUUUACGCUUUUGUUGGAUUUGACUGUAUUGCGACUACAGGCGAGGAGGUGAAGAACCCUCAGAGAGCCAUUCCCAUCGGCAUCGUGGUGUCACUGACCGUGUGCUUCCUGGCGUACUUUGGCGUGUCUGCCGCACUCACGCUGAUGAUGCCCUACUACCUGCUGGACGAGAAGAGCCCGCUGCCCAUGGCCUUUGAGUAUGUGGGCUGGGGCCCUGCAAAAUACGUGGUCGCUGCAGGUUCACUGUGUGCCCUCUCCACCAGUCUGCUGGGCUCCAUUUUCCCCAUGCCUCGUGUAAUCUAUGCUAUGGCACAGGAUGGGGUGCUUUUCAAAGUCUUAGCCCGAAUCAAUCCUAAGACGAGGACCCCACUUAUUGCCACUAUGACAUCCGGUGUAGUAGCAGCCAUCAUGGCCUUCCUGUUUGACCUAAAAGCGCUGGUGGACAUGAUGUCCAUUGGAACUCUGCUGGCCUACUCGCUGGUUGCUGUGUGUGUUCUGAUUCUGAGGUACCAGCCAGAUGGGGCCCUAGAGCGGCGGGCGGGCACCGGCGAGAGGGACUACCUGUCCUCUGUGGAGGGGGAGUCUGAACUGACCGAGUCGGAGUCCCACCUGAACAUGUUGAAGGGUGGCAGCUCCACCCUGCAGACUGUCCUGCACCCUCCUGCUUCACCUUCUGAGCAUUCCUCCAGUGUGGUCAACAUGUCCGUCUGUGUCCUAGUGCUGGUAGUGUGCGUGGUCAGCUAUCUCACCACGUACCACAUCUACUCCAUCCUUGGUAUGGAGGUGUGGAUCCUGGCAUCGCUGUCCGCGUGUCUCCUUGUCUUCAGCGGCUGCGUCUUCAUGGUCUGCCGACAGCCUCAGACCAGCACCAAGGUCUCCUUCAUGGUUCCCCUUCUGCCCUUUCUGCCCAUUCUGAGCAUAUUCGUCAAUAUUUACCUCAUGGUUCAGCUGAGUGGAGAUACCUGGAUACGCUUCUCCGUGUGGAUGGCUGUGGGCUUCCUGAUCUACUUUGGCUACGGCAUGUGGCACAGUGUGGAGCGCCAGCGGGAACUCCAGGGUCCUUCGACCAGCAGCAGCACCCAGAAACACGACAAGACAGGCGGGGAGAAGCCGGUCGGUGUGGGCGCAGUGGGGAAAGACCGGGACAGUUUGAUUUGUCCAGAAAAGACCAGCCGGUGUUAAGAGCGAAAGACGCAGUGAGGCGACAGAUGCAUAAAAGCACCCAGCAGCUCUGCCUUGAUGCACCUGUUCACACAGCUCCGCCACGUGUGCGUCAGUCACAAACACACUCUGCCCGCAAAGGCAGCGUCAGGACUCUGAAUCAGCGGCCACACGAUAGGGAGCCGCUCCGUCACGGUGACGGAUCCACAUCCUGUUAGGUCCCAUUGCGCUUUAAGGACAGCAUGGAGGCAGAAUUGAAAGGACAGGUAACACACUGGAGGCUGAUGUUCAUUUUUCUUUUGCAGCCAAUACAAGACUGCAGCAAUACCUCGCUCUUUCAUUAUGGACGUUUUUAUUGCAUGACACACAUUUAGUCUUUUCUGUUAAUUGUUGCAUUUUUAAGCAAAAAAAAAAAAAGAAAAGUAGUCUUGGAAAUCUGUGUUAUCCAUUCAACAGUAUUAUGAGAUUUAAUUGCACCAAUUGCUAUUAAGAGCCAUUUUCUUUGACAGAAGUGUAGGAUGCUGAAAGAGAACCAACCAUUAGUUGAAGACAUGCUGUCAAUCAUAAAUCAUAUUUUGUGCCGAAUUGGUUUAUUUGCAAAUUGCGAUUAUAUGUAUAAAAACAUCCUAAAGACGCCGCCACUUUUAGACCAAUGUACAACAUUUCAAAUAGUUUUCUCGGCACUUGUGUUACAACUCUAAUAGAAGUAGGUCGUAAGUGCUGGGGGGGGUGUUAUGUAACAGUUCAUAUCAAUCUUUGCUGUACUUAUUGAGGUAGCUGUAGCUGUGGUGGUGGCUUUAUCCAGGACAGGGUUACUUUUUUUUUGGUUUUGGGUGUGUUUUUAUCUAUGAACUGCUACAAUCUGAUUAUGAAGAUUGUUAUUUGAUACGGAACUUUACUCCAAAUGUAUUUUUAGUAGUAGUACUAUUCUAUUUUGUCU